GAGCUGGUCGUUGCAUACAACCACGGCUGGGAGGUCGUGCAUGAGAUGCGUGGCAUGGCGUACGCGGAGACGGAGGAGGAGCGCAAGGCGCUGAAGCAGGCCGUGAAGGCGGUGGCGGGCAAGAAGCCCAAGCAGGCCAAACCCGCGAGCGUGCCGGCCGGCUCUGGCGCGGGGGCCGGGGUGAAGCAGGCAGCGGCGGCGGGUGUCUGUUUCAAGUGCAAUAAGCCUGGGCACUUCGCCAAAGAGUGCAAGGAGAAGUAACGGGGUGUAGUGUGGUGCGGGUGUGAGAGGUAAUUCGCAGCUCGUGGGCCCGGGAAGGUCAUGGUGGUUUGGAGCCGACGCGGGUGUUAACUCGCGAGUCGGGGCCCGGAGAGGCCGGGGGCAGCAGCCCCGUGGUGUUUUGGAGCCGACACGAGUGUUAACUCGCAGGUCGGGGCCCGGAGAGGCCGGGGGGCAGCAGCCCCGUGGUGUUUUGGAGCCGACACGAGUGUUAACUCGCGGGUCGGGGCCCGGAGAGGCCGGGGGCAGCGGCCCCAUAGCGUGGAAGCGUGUUGUUGACGUUCCUUUUGGCUGUAGCCUUGUGCGGGGUUGGGUGGCUAAGGGCACGGCCGCCCCCUCCGCGAUUAUUGAAGUUUCGUGGUAGUGUGCCCUCACCCGGCCCUACCCUUUCACGAAGACGUUCUUUCCUUGCGUGCAGGUACUUGUUUGUAACGUAGUCUUCGCAUGAAAACU